GCCUCCAAAGACAGCGAAUGCGUAAACUUCACAACUCUGAGCGACAAGAGUAGAUCAAGAUUUUUCUCCAAAAACGUAACUAUAGACAGCGACAUUUAUCUAAAGAACUGGUUUGCAUUUAACGGAUCAGCCGGAGACCUCAUUGCAACCUCAUGUGUUGAAUCCAAUCAUUGUGGUACCUCAGUACCAGGAUGGAUGCUGGGAAGACAUCCAAGUGUCGUCGAGGGUGUGGUCAGACGGUUUGCUUGCUUUUCUCAAAAACAGCAAUGCUGCGUGUAUUCUGUGAGCAUGCGUGUAAGAAACUGCAGCUCUUUCUAUGUGUACAAGCUGGAUUCAAUGCCUUCAUCCUCCGUCAGUUUUCGCAUGUGUGGAGCUGGCAUCAAAGGUAUACUGCAAAUGCUAUUUGGACUAACUUACAUCUUCUUUUUAGAUCAAAAAGUUUUUUAACAUCCUUUAUAAAAUUUAAGUUAUUUGUCCCCGUAAAUACGCGAAAACAUCUGCUAAAUAACUUUAAUAACUGGCGUAGAUUGGCGAUUCAAAACUUACAGAAACAAUAGCAACAUAAUCGACUUACUUCAAGCGUUAAGCUGAUCGAUCGAAAAAUUAAACUCAGUUUGCAUAAGAAUUUGAUAAGCAAAACAAUUCAAGACUAUAAAUUAAAAGAAACAAGUUUCGGUAGAGUUUUUCAUUUUGGCAAGAAUGUAGGGGCAAAGAUUGGAGUUCUGAAGCAAAGAGAUAAGAAAAAUUUUAACCAUUUCCUAGCCUGAUAAGAUAAACUGUCUUUCCAGACCGUUCACUAAUUUUCAGCGUUAUUGUCUUUGCUUGUAGGAGUUUUAUCCAGUGUUGAAAAGGCCAUCAACAAAUCUUCAGGUACUGAAAAAGCUGACUGAAUGUUUUCUUCUACAAUAAUUCUUGAACAAAAUCUGUGUUCCUGGUGUAAUCGUAUAGAAUAUAAUGCUUUGAAUUACGACAUCCAGAUUUGGAUUCUUUAACUCCAGGGCAGACCGAUUUGGCAGUGGAUUUCAUUCAAUCCGUUUAAACACAAAAUCCUUGAGAUUCGAAAUCUGGAUUUCAAAGGUAUAAUCUAUAUUCUUUAGCCGAAAGUACACCAUGAUGGGUAGCUUAAGCUAUCGUACCAUAAUCAAGUAAAAAGGCUUUAACAACGUUUUACUUUCAGGAAAUAGCGGUGAUGAAUGUUCUAGCUACCAGUCCCUAGAAGGACGCGAUAGAGCCGCGGACUACUUCAGUUACAACACAAUGAAGUGUGACGCUAAUCUACCACGAACAUGGUACAGAUUUACCGGCCCAGCAGGGGCUGUCAUGCCAACACACUGUGUUCCCAAACUGCACUGCGGCACACUCUCUCCUGGUUGGCUAAACGGCAAACAUCCUACUGUGGAAGAACGGGUGGUGGAACGUAUGGUUUGCUUUACGAACAAUGAUGACUGCUGCUUCUGGUACAGCGAAGUUAGAGUCAGGAAUUGUAGUGAUUUCAUGGUGUAUAACUUUGGUGAAUUUCCUGCAUCUCAGCCGUUUUGCAGUUUGCGAUACUGUGGAGUUGGAAAAACAGGUAUGUCAAAGGGUGUAAAAGCAAACGUUAAGUGCGGAUUGUUUUGACCAAACCCAUAUCAUGCGACAGACGUCGGAAUUCAGUCCAUUGAACAUUAACAGCUGAUAACAAAGCAACUGAGUUUGUGGUUUCAAUUUUACCAUUUUUGAAUUCUUAGGAACCCACUAUUUCUCGACUACUGCUCAAAAUUGAUUUUGGUCAUAUGAAGGUCCCGUGCUUAAACACAUACAUUUAAAUGAUUUCGCAGGUGUUCUCGGCACAGUUCUUGAAAACGCUCGCCCUUUUUAUCGCGCUCUUUCCGCCUCCUAACGAUAAAGCACUGAAUGUCAUUAAAUUUGGAUUCUUGCAAUCUUCCCUUUAAAAAUUGAUCGAGAAGCAUGUUGAAGGAUGCCCUCUCGACCAAGCGCAAAACUGACUUACUCAAAUUUGUUUCCAGGCUGUAAAGACAAACAUGGUAAUGUUUUCGAAGUUCAUCAGACUUGGAGCCCAAACCCACUCAUUAACUGCACAUGUUUGCCUGGCUUUAAAGUCGAGUGUAAAAAAACUCAAAGUGGUUGCUGGGAUAGCCUUGGCAAUGCCUUUGGGAAUGGGCAGGAAUGGCUUAGCAGCAGCCUCACUAAAUGUGUCUGUACUGACGAACAAAUUUACUGCAUCAAUUUUUCUCGACCGGCUUGCACUGAUGAAAAUGGCCUUGUCAGGGAGCAUGGCACUAAUUGGUUCCCGGGACCUUGUUUUAACUGCUCGUGCACGGAUGGUGUCAUCAGCUGCGUAAAGUAUGAUGUCACUGUUGAAUAUGGCUUGUUCCAGUUGACAACAGCUGGAAUUUGUUUACCCUGUCGACAGCCAAAUGUUGAUAUUAAGCCUCCUGGACAGGGAACUAUUAGCAAUUGCAAAGGUUUGUUUCAUUGGCAAUGAAUGGAAUCAAAUGUCAUCUAGGUGAACAUAUAGAGUAGUAAUAUAUAGAUUUAGCCAGGGCUAAAAGCGUCGCUCCAGUUAUUUAACUUAUAAUUCCAGACAAUAACGUUGUAAUCCACAAAUCCAUAUGACUUUUAGGGGUGGUGCUGGGUGAUUUAAGAGAAAAAAUAAUUUGCAAACAGUGCAAGAAUAAAACAACAUCUAAAGUCCUACACCCAAUAAAUAGCAAUCACCUUGGAUCACAGUAGAUUAGGCGUGUAAAACAAAUUCUUCCCAAGCAAAAUGACCACCUACACCACGUUUAUUUUAUAAGGGUAUGUGGACAAUCCCGAAAUAAAUAAUUUUAUACUCUCAAGGCACGAUAGUCCUCGGGAUCGGUGGCAGCCAAUUUACACGCAGUAUAUGUAACUUUUCUUUUUAUCUCUCUGUCUAAAGCAAAGGCCAAAAUGAAAAUUUAAACAGGCGGGAUUUUUUUUUUUUACGCUACAAGUUUACUUUACAAAUCUGUUGCUGGUACCGCGUAAACCAGUGGUCAAUUUAAUAAAACUUUUACAAGUGUAGCUAUUGAUCUCAGAAUGCAAAACAACAGCUACACUUGCAAAUUACAAUUGCAAAAGUUUUAUUAAAUUGACCCCAGCCUUUUUGCAUUAGCUCCGAGGUAAACAGAACUAUCAGGCGUUGUUUGUCUAUUUUAAUAUGUUCAGACCUUCUGCACUCUUUACAGAACAAUCCGCUUACAAGACAAAUUACACUCAUUCAAUCUUCAGGACGAUCGAACCACGCGCUUCCCUUCCACAACAAAUUUUAAAAAUGACAACCACAUAAAAAGUUACAAGUAUAGAGACAAUUCACCAUUAGACCAUUAGACGGGACUGUUCAGUCAGGUCGUUCUGCUGUUAUGCAAUUAUACAGGGUAUUUUAAUCGCCUUUGAGAAAAAACUUUCGAAAACAUCUAUUUUUAAUGCAAAUUCCAAAAUCACCCGUCCGCUUAGCCACUUCUAAAUUUUGCCAAGAUGAGUCCAAACUUACAGACCAGGCUGUCAAAUGUUUGAAUGAACACUAAGUAGUAAAAGGUCUCAGAAUCAUUUUCGUGUGCAUUUUACUUCUAAAGUCCAUUUUCAUUUGAUACACGCUGCAUUUUGAGUUCUCCUGUAUGCGAUGUUCAUGUACGACUGAAAACAACAACCGUAAAAGCGAUAAGAAAGAGAUCUUGAUAAACAAUCAAGACAAGAAAAUAAUAUAAUUAAAUGAAACAUUUAAAAAGACAACAAUGUUUAUUCACGAAGAUAUGUUUGAGUCAUGAAUGAAACGUCACAGAUUUUCUCCGUGUUUCAGUUGCUGUUUUUAAAGAUGAACUCGAGGCGAGAAUAGCGCGCAAAGCUUCAACCUAAUAGUUCGUAAUAAUCUUAAUAUUCUUCAGAACGUUCCCUUUCUAGUCGUGGCUAGAAAAUGUCUAAAGACUUUUUAAAUUCUAUACUAGGUUAGAUCAUUGUCUCAAAUCUUAAAAAAAUAAUGCGCGUAAAGUGACGGCAUAAACAUUGCUCAACUUCAUGAAUAAGAAACCAGGAGAGAAAACAUCAAAUGCAAUACUGUAAUUAAUCAAGCUUACCGGUCGAUGCAGCUCGUAAUUGCCAUCAAGUAAGGCCAGAAUUGCUGACGAUUAGUUUCAACCCUUUUUAUAUACGCAUCAGGCAAGGCGAAGUACUAAGAAAAGCUUAUUUUUGAAAGCUUACUUUUUGUCAAGAGGCGCAUUUCUCAACCAAUCCCAAUAAACACGCCAACUAAGAAUAACAAACGAAUCUUGUUAACAGCUGUAUUUGAGUAGAUCCAGUGCAAAAAGAAUGUUGAUUUAUCCUCUUUUGUUAAAACAUAGUAAGAUGGUACAAAACGAUGUCGGAUUCAGCUAUCAGUAAACAUUCUCCAGAUGCAACAGAGACACUUCUCUUCGGCGAUCCUCUUCGCUAGGCCUUCGACUGAUAAUUCUCCCUCUCGGCCUUUCUCUUCUUUCUCUUUCCCGUCGCUCUUCACUUAUAAGCAAAUACGUUGAAUUUAAUCCGCUAUUGUUUGUUGCCAUAACAAUUUUUUCGACGGUCACGGUCACAAAAUACUUAAGUUAUGAAAUACUUAAAAACAAGUUCCUAAAAUAAAAAAGUUCUUUAACGUAACAACAAUGGUCACACCACUUCUUGCGCGAUUUCCCGCCAAGAAAAACCGCGGGUUGCACAAAUUCAUCGCACGGUUUCCUGCAAAGAAAAUAUAACAUACUCCUCCCCGCGACGGGGGGACACCUGAUUUCCUUCCCUCACCCCCAAAGAGUGUACGGAAGGACGCAGUACGCUGACGUCAUAACCAAAUUUUCUCGGAUGGGUAGACAACUAAAUUUUCUUACCCAUGGUGCUUCGCUGCGUGCGUUUCGCGCGCGCGAGAGAGCUAUGCUAUAACGGUCUUGAAAACCCUGAAACUGUUUAUUCUAAAAUAUUAUAGUUUGCCAGAACGUGUUAGCUGGCAAUAACUCAUCAUUAACUGUUACAAGCUGUCUUUUAUCGUGUCUAUUGAUGGCCUAUCAGUAUAGAAGAUAAACGACGAACGUAAGUAGAACGAAACCAUAGCUGUUUAAUUUCUCCAGGAAAAAAGAGGGGAAAAUCACAAAGUAAAAUAAACUGAACAUUAAACUUUACGAUCUAAUUUGUCUUUUAUGAUUUAGUCUUUUUUCAGCUUAAGAAUUCAAAUGGAUUAUUUCAAUGCACAAACGGCGCCUUUAUAAAGAAAGAACAUGUUUGUAAUGGAAACGCCGAAUGUUUAGAUGGGUCUGAUGAGGCUGAUUGCCAGGAUGGUGAGUAUUGUGCUCCAUGGAAUUCUAACAGUCCCGCAAACAAACAGUAGAGAGCGUUGGUUGCACCUGGACAGGAGUCGAUUACCCUGACCUGUAUAAAAGCUGCCCUGUCCACACUAAUUCGUUUUCAAAAGUAUGAGUUUUCGAUUAGUAUGCGAUUCUCAUCCACACUACCACUUUGAUGCGUUUUCGAUUGUCCUCACUAAAAUGUUCGAAAACGAUAGAAUUGCUUGUUGUGACGUAAGUAGAACUCUGUGCGCAUGCUACAAACACACGCGCCUGCGAUAUUUUCGGUCAUCGUUUUCAUUUUGAUGCGUUUUCGACUGCUCAUAAUAAUACGAUAUUUAUGCGCUUUCGUUUUAAUUCACUUCCAACAGCGCUUUCAAAUCGAUGCGUUUUCGACGAAAACGCUCAGCAUCGGAAUGCACGCGUUUUAAAACAUGCAUAAGACCCCCCCAUAGAGGCUAUUUGCAAGACAGUUAUAUAUAUGGCAAUAUUUUGUGUCUGUAUUUUUUCUUUCCAUUUUUUUAGUUAUCUGUAGGGAUGAACAAGGUCAGGUUUUGGUUCUCAAAGACGUUUGGAAGGUAAAAUCGUCCUUUUAUAAGAAUUACUAAAUUUCUUAAACCUAAUAUAAAUUAUAGUUCUUUUCUGUCAUUCUCUAUUUGUUCAGCCAUGUUUGACUUCAGAAAAUGGUUUACAAUUGUUUCUCUUUCACUGCUUUGAACUGGAUGUUGUCCCAAAUGUUUGAUGCAAUUGUUUAUCGCUGUAGAGUACAAAAGAGUCUGUACUUUUGCCUAGGUCAAGAAUGCGCAACCGUUUUGAAGUCUAUAAAUAGGGCAAAAAAGUGAAAUGUUCUUAUACUUACAGUCGGAGCUGACCUGGGAGAGAUAAUUUACUGAAUAAUUUACUUUUAAGGUUACUGCAUGCAUUGAGUGUAGAUGUGAUGCUGGAUUACUGAAAUGUAAAAGAGUACUGAGGGUGUUUUUCCCAGGCAUGUAUGCGUAUGCACCGCUGACUGAAAAAUGUGAACAGCCUUCUUGUAACACAGUGGACUUUAUUAGAGAAAGAAAACAUACGUGCGAAGGUAACAUUUUUUCUGGGAUCUUUAAUUUAUUACUCAUCCGCUCGAUCGUUUACUCAAUCUUGUUCCCGAUUCCUUCCUUCCUUCCUUUCUCCAUCCAUCCAUCCAUCCAUCCAUCCAUCCAUCCAUCCAUCCAUUCAUCCAUCCAUCCAUCCAUCCAUCCGUCCGUCCGUCCGCCCGUUCGUUCGUUUGUACGUGCUUUCGUUCUUUCACUAUUCAUCUAUCCAUCAUUCAAAACGUAUUUUACAUCAGAAUUAAUCAAUACAGCUAAAUAACGUAUUUCUCAGAAAUGAGACAUUAAAAGCAAAUUGGUCGACGUCAACUAACGGAAUAACUUUAUGAUGGUCGAUCGUUAGAUGCAUCGAAAAACACCUCUUUUAAAAACACUAAAUUAACUUUUUUUUUCAUCUUAAGCAAUAUCAGUUGAAACCCAUGCUGGCGUGUUGCUUUUUUAUUGCUUUCGUUGAUAAACCUAUGUUCAUCUAUGUAUUUGAGAUUUAUAACUAAACAACAUUUAGUAACGAUCAUGAAUUCAUUAUUUCGUAGGAAUUGAAACCACCAAGGGAGGGCGUAUUAUUCUUAGAGGUGAAACUUGGGAAUUCCAAGGCUGCAAGUUUCAAUUCAGGAAAUCGAGGAAGACACAGGGAUGUCCAAAAAUGCUGGGGCCAACGUGUGAUUUGUACGAUGGAGCCAUAUGCUGUGCUGUGAAAUGUACAGGUAACACCAAUCCUACUCUCUCAUACACAGUUAAACACUUGAAGAUCCUUCGAUACACCGAUCCUUCAAUACAAAACCAGUGUAUUUCGUUAUUCAUAUUUGUUUAAAAAAAGCAAAACCAUAAAACAUUAUUACCAUUGACAAACGAAAUCGGAGGGUACAGGUAAUCGAUCUCGCAUAAAAAAGGUGUAAAUCUUUUAGUUCUUCUCGCUAGAGCAAUAUGUAAUAGGAAUUCAAAGAUAUCAUACCGGUAAAGAUGUCACGCCUGCCAUCCCCUUUAGCUUUUACUGGGAGAUACAUAACAAAGACAAAAAAACCCAGUGGAAAAUAAGCCAACCAGAUGACGUGUUUUCUCCGAGAACCCGGUGAAGAUAUAGAUUCCACUGGCUCUGUUACAGACCGAGGGGUGUUUCGAUUUAUUUUGACCAAAUUCUCCGGCGGCUUGUCUGGAAAGGAGCUCUGUCAAAUAUCCUUACGAAUUGAAAAGCUUUUAAGUAUAAUGAACCUUGGAGGGAACAACGUUUAAAUUUAGGAACAAAGAGUCAGCACGAAUUGCAGGGUUCUAUAUCUGAAGAAAAAGAAAUGUGAAAAUAUCAGGUAAUAAACGACAUAAAAAUAGCACUUGCAUGCAGACUUUUCGAAUUGCUUCCGGAGGUCUUGAAUUCACAAAAAAUGGCCAAUUUGCAAAAUAUUGUCAGACGUCUCUGAAACAAUGAUUUUUGCUAGUUUUACAGUGCUUUUCAUGACAUUAUAGCGACAUUUUCGCGCUGUUGAUUUCCUCGUAGCGCUUGCUGAACUUACCAGACAGAUGAGAGGGAUGCCACAGCUGUGUCCCGGAGGCCUUCACGCCGUGGCAUCUGGCGUUGCAUGUGUUACUCCCGAACCAAACUGUCUUCAGCCUCAUGACCUCUGCAAAACAAGUAAGUUGAUUAUAGUGUAUUAAGACACACAGCACAGGCUUUGUUUCUUGCAGACAAAAUUAACAAAAGCAGAUUUAUGUUCUCAUUGCCUCAAAUGGAAGCCAUAUCUUAGCCGUAAAUGUUAAGGGUCUGGGAUUGGCACAGUAAUCUUUGGUGGCCUAAUUAGUGUGUACAUGUAAAUGAAGCUUAACGUACAAUCUGCAAACUUCAUUUUAGGAACUUGAGUCGUAAUUUCUAAGCUGAACGUCAUUUGCAAAAUAUUUGUUUGACUGGGAGCAUUGCUUGGACAUUGAUGGAUUGCCGAUAACAUAAAGCUUUAGCUAGUGCGAGAGUCUAUGGAUGGCUAUGGAUUGCUUUUUUUGCCUUUUUAGAUGUCUCUUGUCAAGAUGAGAACGCUAACACGUACUUUGAAGGAGCCCAGUGGUCCGUUGGCGACUGUAUCACGUGCAAGUGCUACAAGGGAAUUAUAUCAUGUGAACAACACGUGUCUUUCUUAACAUCUAAUGAUGCAAUCGUCCAAAACUGUAGUCAACCACAGUGCAAUACGGUGGCUUUUGUAAAAUCAAACAGAGGAAUUUGUAAAGGUAAGUACUUUUCUAGGCCCUCUUGGACUCAGAAUUUUGCUUAUUGAACGAUUAAAACUUUUGAGGUCUCUUAACUUAAUGAUGUUUAAUUUUUCACUCUUACUUCCUCGGUGAUCAGAGCAGUUCAAUUAGUCCUGUAAGAAGCAGGAGCAUAGCUUCCAUAGACGCCCAUACGCCCGUGCGUACAGCUUAAUCUCUGGAAAAUUAUAUAACUAUUUUUGAGAUCAGAGCCAUAAUGGUACGGCUCUUGCUAUUUCUAUUUCCUGACUAAAAAAAGCAUUUUUUAUCAUGAAAUCAGGAUGAUUGAUUACGGUUUUAUUCUUUACUCUUUUACUAUUCCUUAAACUGACGAAAAAAUGUGCUGCAGCCUUUUCCUUCUAAAUUCUUAUUUAUUUACUGAAAAUGUCCUGGGGAAAACACAAGAAAAAGGCAAUUCUGGGACCCUUUUAACAAAUUUUCUGGUGGAAGCUGGGGUAUGCCUUCGGCGUUCUAACUUUUCUUCCUGUGAGAACACCUUCCAAAUCUCACGCUACGCCCCUGAGAAGGAAAACAAAAGCCUAUGUAUACGUCAUUUAAAAUGAUAAUUUAUUUUCUUGCCGUCAAGGCCCUACUAUAUCGUUUGUACAUCAGCAUAGCUAUUGAUUGUUGCAAAAGUGCCAUAAACGUUUUUAUUUUUUUUAAUAUUAAAGCUAAAAAUGAGAAAUCAGUUUGACAGUUAAAAAGUCUGUAAGUCACAUUGUAGAUUACCACUCGUCUCAAUGUAACACUUUCAGCGCAAGUUUUCCGGAAAUGGCUAUUGCCAGAGUAAAUUUGUUUUCUUUUCUGACACCAAUUAGCAAAUCAUGACAAUCACGAGUCUAACUCUGAUAAUGCCUUAGAUUCGUUUGUGGUGUUAAUAGAGUUGUUAGCACCUUGAGAUGUGACCUCUUAAAUUUGUUCCCACUCUCAAAGUCUUCAUCUUUCUUUGUGUCUUUUCUCUGAAGCUUGCAGAUGGAAGAAUAAGGUAUUAUUUGAUGGCCAUAGUUGGACUGACAAUGGCGUCGACUUCUUCUGUUUCUCUGGACAAAGAGUGAGGCCUGGUUGUUACUUAGAAACCAAUAAAAUAGUCUGCACUGGCGCUUUCAAAGGUUUGUACUUUUUUAUGUGCUCUUACUGGGUAGCCGGUUUGCAUUAGAUUCCACUUGACACAGGAUGAAAUUUCUAAACCGGAGCGAAGCAGAGCCUACUAGUAAAAGCGCGUUUUCAAAAGUGUGCGGUCGUAUGCGUUUUCGUUGUCAUCGAAAACGCAUCUAUCAAUUCGCGUCCACACUACCGUUUCGAUGCUUUUCCGACUGUCCACACUAACACGUUCGAAAAUGAUAGAAUUGCAUGUUGUGACGUAAGUUGUACGCUAUGCGAAUGCUACAAACACACGCUCCUGCGAUAUUUUCGGUCAUCGUAUUCAUUUUGGUUUUUUUUUUACCGUUUUCGACCGUCCGAAAUAAUACGAUAUGUCCAUACUAACAAGAUGCAUUUUUGUUUUGAUCCACUUGCCAGAGCGUUUUCAAAUCGAUGCGAUUCCGAUGAAAACUCUCAGCGCAUUAGUGUGAACAGAAGGCCUAAACACAUCGAAAUGUAUGCGUUUUCAAACGAGGACGCAGAGUAUUCAUUCCACUGGCACUACUUAACUUUCAGUUGAUCAUUUCUUUUUAAAUUUCCAAACUCUUUCUCAUACUUAUACGCAAAAUGUGACUUGGCACUGACAGUUGCUGUGAUUGUACUAAGGCAGGCACUCCUUUCGACUCCAAAGACAUGGUUGAUCACAGACACACAUGAAUACUGUUUAGUUAACAUCGCUAUCUAUGUAAAAAACACGCUCUGCCGCGCUACCGUCACCACUGUGCAAGACACAUGAGAGGAAAAACGCGGUAAUGAUUUUUUUAAAAAAAUGUUUUUACCCCUCCAGGAAUACAAGACAUUGAGCAUAUUUCUGAAGAGUUGUUCCUCUGUGAAAGUGGAGAUGAAAUAAGGUCCCUAAAUGACAGGUGUAAUAAAAUAGACGAAUGUAAUGACAAGUCAGAUGAAAAAGGCUGUAUCCAUUGUAAGUAAACGCGUAUAGGCUUUUAUAAUGAACACAACGGGUGACUUCUCAUCUCUCAAAAUGAAGUAUUAGAGAAGGUAUACCUCGUGGUCGAAUAUUAGUUUACAUCCUGCGUCUGAUUUGAUGUUCUUCGCAGUCAUUUUAACCAGGGGAAAUCACGUAGUUGACAAAUCGAAGGUUGAAUAUCCGACAAGUUCAUCCUGCUUUCGAUUUGGUAUCCUUCCAUCUGAUUUGAUGGGUCACAUACCAAAUUGGAUGUCGUAUAUUUAUUACGAGAUAUCUUGUGCGCUCACAUUUGAAGUUAAUCUCACGCAAUGGAGCCCAGGGUACCUGACAAGCACGCCCUCUUUCUCUUCGUUUUUACCGGCGAUGUUUAGGGGAUGAGAGAUGGGGAAUCUGCAAUCUGAAAAUCCUCCUCUCUUUCUACUGGACAGAUUUUUGCCCAUCUCAAACGAAGUUUAACCUAAAGUGGAACAGAACCGCGGUCGGCACUGUUGUUUAUAGAAACUGUUCAAAGGUGGAAUCAAAUCUUGAAGGUAAACACGUCUCUCCCCUUUCCUUGAAAUCGUUCCUGAUUUUUCUAGGCUGGUGUCAUCAAUACGGUUCCUCUAUUAUUGUUUUCAUCUCUCCGUGUUUGUUUGUUUUUUUGCGAAUGUUUUGUAGGUCAAUUUAGUGCACUAUGUACAGAAACCAAUGGUGCUACAAGCUGGAAACAUAAGGAAAGUUGUGACUGCGAAAGACAAACUAUUCUUCAUGCAGUCCGAUUGAAGGUAAACGGUUCUCCUUCAUAAGCAAAAGCUAAACUCUUAGUUAAAAAAAGUCAGAAGGAGAAAUCAGGUACGGAAUGCAUCGAUCAGAUUUACAGUUUUGAGCUUCGUAAAAGACAGAUUAAAAGCUGCGCCCUAUAAUGCGACUGAUCCUGCAAGCCCUAGAAACUGCUUCCUCCCUGAGGAGUGGGGGCGGUUGUGUACAGUGUUUGAAAGUUGUACAAAGGCCAUUCCGUAGCCGCCUUCGCUAUAGCUCCACCUUUCGUUUAAGCUUUAUAUCCAUGCAAAACAACAACAUUUGUAAAUCUGCAACCAACCAAGUGUUUUUCUUUUUACUUUUAGUUAUCUUCAGCCAAUGUAACGAACUUGGUGGAUUUGACCGGAGACCUGAAAAAGGACGCUAACAACUUUACAAAUAAACGGAAAUUCUUUAGUUAUCUUCAAGAUUUCUUUAAAACUGGAGUGCGAAUAUUAAGCCCAAUUACCCAACGUAAUGACAUGGUGGCACUGAACUUCUCCAAGGUUAGUUAAAGGAAUAAGAAACCCUCACCGGAACGUUUAGUCCAUUCGAACAAUAUAAUUUGUUUGUUUAAGGCUGGGCAAUAAAGAUUUUAAAAUGAUAAAGUUCUCCGGCUGAUCAAAGAAGAAUAUUUUACCACUGCUUCUUCUUUAAAAAGGGAGGCCAAGUAUCUAUUCAAAUUCUCUUAGCUUUAAUGACGAGGUUUUUUCUUGCAGACAGGUAAAAAGAAGGUUCCUAGAUAGGAAUCCUUUACUUCAUAUCAAACAGUCAAGUUACACUUUCUCGCUUGAUGGAAUUCCUCUUUAUUACAAACUUCGUUUUUCAAAUUAUAAUUUAAACUAUUUUAAAACAUUUUUCUUACCUUAAUGCAAAUAAGAAACACUGACCCAUACCGACCAGGCCAAAACGAACUAACACUGAGAAAGCAAAAUUCCAACUGUGUUGUCCGCGCUUACACUCUGAUCAGCAUUGAUCAGCGGCAGAGAGCGGGAAACCGCGGAAUCGAUUCUCCAGGGCCAGACAGCUCUAAAAUAAAUUAAGGAGGCACCACCUUUACCCUGAAAAAGGUCACUAUAGUCCUUCCGGUGGUUCGGAUUACCACAAAUCGAUCUUGUCGGUAGGGGACGUAAAACGUGUGCCUCAUUUAACUUACACUUUGUGCUUUUUUUUAUUAUUAUUCCAUUAUCAUACUUUAUGUCUUCUCUUUAGAUAAUGCUCUUUACAGCUGAGGAUCAACGCAUUUUCAAGCCACUUCCGGAGUCCUUUUGUCCACAAGAAGUGGUAAGCUUCAACAUUUUUAUUUUCAAAAUACAAAAAUAGAGAAAGCAAUGAUAAACUGAAUGAUAAUAAUGAAAAAAAAUCUUGCCUUGGGUGCCAGACAUUUGUUUUGUUAUCUUUUCAAAUCCCUCAGUGAUGGUUCGCGGCAAGAGAGGAUGUUCGAGGCUGAGUAGCCAGGGCGGUUUAUAUCAUAUGAUAGAUAUUUUAAGAACCGACUUAGCUCUAAAGCCAGGCUACAUAUAAUAUAAAAAUAGUCAGAGCCAUUUUCAGUUACCGAAAUACUGCUCAGUGAAAUAACGUUCAAUGAGUGAAAUGGUAUGCGUAAGCGUUCGUCAUUUGAGUCUGUUCGCUCACCAAUCAAAUUCCUAAAUUCUCGCUCACUUGUUGUUCUUUUGUUCUUGCGUAUGAUUUCAAUGUCAAACAAAAAGCGUUUCAGUGUGUGGAGCUUCUAAAGACUACAAAACAAUCUAAUCAGCCUCUGUUUUCUGUUUUUACCUAGGGGUUUGGGGAACGCCGCUUUCUUCAAAUCAGUGUUUUGAAGUUUUGUCGUCAAGCCCCAAACUUAACCCAAACUUUGGAGUUUUGCAGCCGCCUUAUGUUACCCCCCCGGUAAAUAUACUUCUAUCCAGGGUUAUAUGCUUCUGGUUUAUGUUAUUUAUUAUUUAUUUAUAAUAUUAAUUGUUAUUUUGCCACCAUUAAAUUAAAUACAUACACUAUUUUCAGAGAGAAGAAGCAAGGGAGCCCAUGGAAGCCAAUAAGGCUUAUGAAAAGGACCACCUUCUACCUUUAAAAAUAUGUGACUAAAUAAAUUAUGAGCGCAGUAAGACAAUCUACCCAUCGGAGAAAAUUUGGUAAUCACAUGACCGUACACCGCCCGCCCGUCUGUCCGCACCACGGGGAAACAAAUGUUUCAAGGUGCAACCUGAUAAUUGCAAAGAUUGCACAUUCAUAUUAUCAAGACAGGGUAUCCGCUGACCAGUAUCACCUGACCGUUUUGCAGGCUUAGGUAUCUACCCUUCGAGGUCGAGUAUUUUUAAGUUAUCCGCUGACAAGUUACAAGUUUUCAAAUGAUCACAGGCUCAAGUUCAAUUUUUUUUAAAAUGCAUGGGAAAUAAGUUGUGUUUAUGAGCCGCGUUAUUAAAAUUUUGAUUUCAAACUGACCUCGGACGCGAAAAUUCAGCCAGCUUUUAGAGGCAAGGAAAGCAGUUGCUUUUGACUUUUCUACCAAGGUCACGCGUUCGUAACGCUCUAGCUACGUUCAAUUUUUAUGCUCUGAUUGGUCAAAAUUUGACUGGUGAGUUCAUGCGGAAAAUUAAUGCAGCAUCUGGAAACUUGUUUACUGAUAGCUCAAGGUGAUAAUCGAUGCUGAGAGAUUUUUGUGUCAUCUUGCAAUGUGUUUUUAAAACUGCCUUUUUUCACUGGAUGUACAAAAUGAAACACAGCUGCUACCAAGAUUCUUCUGUUAUUCAUGGCUGGUUUGUUUAAUGGGUCAUUUUUGUUGAGAAAUGCGCCGCUUGUCAAAGACAUCGGAAAUCCGAUUUACGCGGAAGGCAUCGCUUUCGUUUUUCACCUUGCUUGAUGCGUACGAGGCUUGUAAAGUUUUUUUCAUUCUUGUGCCGUGGUUUUGCACAAAUUUUCGCGCAAAUUGUCUCUUUAAGAGUUAAAGACACACAACAAUACAAAUUUGAUAGCGUCAAGGCACCUUAUAAGGGAAAAGCCCUCACUUUCGGUUGACGUCGCUCAAAAACGCCUUCGCUUAACUGCUCUCUAAUAACGAUUAUUUAAUAAUUAAUGUAUGAGGCUGAGUAUCUUAUGAAGAAUUAUGGAGAUCGAGGAGGGUAUCAUCGGCCGAGGCGGAUAACACCCUCCGAGAUCUCCAUAAUUCUUCAUACGAUACGAAAGCCGAAUUCAAUGAUUUUUUUAUUAUUCAUUCAAAAUAAUUCCUAGUUUAAAAACAUUUGGCUAAAACAUGCUUAUCUCCAUCGACCCAUCGACGUUAAGUUUUUCUUCAAUAACAAUAAACGUUUAGGGUUGUUCAGCUCCACAAAUAUUCUCCAAAUAGCAGAUGUCGCCCUUCGAGUUGUCUUGCCAUGUUUUAAGCUAUUAUUUCGCCUAGUUCUUACUCUUCAAACGACUGAGAUGUCCGCCAUUUUUGUUUUCACAACCAAAACAACUCAACCUCCUCCCCAGGUCUUCUCGGUUAACGGUACAUUAACCUGCAAAAAAGCUGCACUUUUGACGUCAUCGGUUCAUUAAACGCUAAAUUCCUCCAAAUUUGGUCAUCAGCAGCUGGUUAUGGUGAAUUAUGCGAGUGCUCUUAACCAAUCAGAACUGGGCAAAUAUUUUGAAUGAAUAGUAAUUAAAAUUAUUAAUCAUUCAAAUAUUUCGCUGUUUCCGAUUGGCUCCAAUCCCCGGCUAAUUCUUCAUCAACCAACGGGCGCGUACGAUAUUUGGAAGAUGCGAGCAAUAUGCCAUCCAUUCUAUUCGAUGGUAUAUUUGAUUGAAAACGAGGUUGAUCGAUGGUAUAUUUUCCUCGAAACAAGGCUGAUUGGGUAAACGGCGCUCAGCGCUAUCCGAGGACGAAAUUAAUAGCUGAAUUUUCUGACAAAAACCGUGAACGGGAGAAAUGUAAGUUUACGCAAAAUGCACUGCUCGAUGGGAUCGCGGUUCGUUUUAAUUUAGGCACAUGAACAUGACAACAACAAGUCUUUAGUCAACGCUUUUUUCGACAUUGUUAGUCACGUUAGACUCCCGAUUGAUCUGGUGGCUCAGUCAGUUAUAGAUCAGGCAGCUCAGACUAAUUCUGAGGUGCAUGAGUUCAAUCCCCUGCCGGAGUCAAAGACGUCUCCUUUGAUUCCUAAUUCAUCUAUUAAAUUUUUCUUUCCGGAACUUGUAGUUCAGAAAGAAAUAUAGACGGUUUCUCUCAGCGCUCACAAUAUAACACAAUUCACAUUUACUUUCACUGCAAAGUGCUUCGCGGCUUACGCACUCAAUUGACAUAUAUUCCCCAGGCCUUCCUCUACACAACUGCUACUACGAACAUGAUGCCCUUGCUUGUCAGGGGCACCCAACGUCAACUUUCGGAAAAUAUCUUUUCGGAAGACGAUCUGAGAUCUAGAAUUUUCGGAACAUUUGUUGUAAAAUUUCUUUCUUGCCUGCCUCUCCUAGGAUUUUCGAACACCUAAAAAAUAGUAUAAUUGCCCAUUUUUUUUACCCUAAAAUUUUCGGGAGCCUUUUUUCUGGCUGAAAUUUUCGAAAAGGUAAGUUUUGAUCCCUAUAGUUUUCGGAUCACUAGACUUUCAGCUAGGAAAUCCCAACAGAUGAAAAAUUUUUAGGGGAUAAAAAAUACCUAUAUCUAACUGUUUAAACAUUAAAAUACGUUUAACAAUGUUUAAGUGGUUUUGAACUAUAUUCUCGUUGGGUGCCCCUGGCUUGUCAGUGGCCAUUGAACAAAGCCAUUCGACUGUGUUUUAUUUUUGAAUUUCAUUAGGGUGUUUGAACACAAAACAACGUCCGAUGUUGUCUCACCACUCUACAGUGAACCUAACACAGGUAUUACUCAACUAUGGUUCCAUCCGGUUCUAAGGCUGAAGAUUGACCCCAGUCAACUUUCUGCUCGAACAAGAACCUCUGGAUCUCCCUCUCUUAUACCAAGAAACGACACGAAAAUCGUGAGUUUAAUUUUAAACUACGCAUGUCCACCAUAUGUGUGUUAUUCGACAUCUCCCCGGGCUACAAUACUAAGGAUGAGUAAAACUGGUGAACUUACAAUUUAGGAACAUUUUUUUUUUCCAUUUGAAAUGUUAACGUUUCAUUAGAAGGUAAAGUGAGGCUGGUGAUGAGGCGCUGUUGCUUUGAAAUAUAAGCCUGUCAGCGGCGAUUAAUAAUGUUUCCUUGGCUUUUUGGUCUUUUUAGACCUUUUAUAGUUGUUGUUGUUUUUUCAGUUUAUUUACAGUUGGCAUAUUUAGAUUUUGUUUUAUUUCGUUUUCUGCACACGUUCUUCAAUUGCUAUCAAAUUGAAUAUUAAUAAAAUCAAGCCCCUAAAGGCAAAUUUCAAUACCUUAGUUCUGCCACCUCACUGUCACCUGUUAAUGAGAAAACUGUCAAAUUUGAUGUGCCAUUUUAUAAUCCUCUACAAGAGCCAUAAAAAAAUACCCGCUUUUUUAAAAUUCGAAAUGAAAAGUCAAAUUGAUAUAAAAGUUCUAGCGUGGAACAAAGCUUUAGAGGUAACUUGGAUAUCGUGGUUACAAUCGGCAAAUGAAGGUUCUUGAAAAAUCAUUCCUGGUGCAGCCCUAGAGACGCAUGGAGGACUGUCUAGAGGGUCUCAAUGGGGUGGUGGCUGAUACAGUUAUCGGCUAAAAUUUUGGCUAUUUUACGGCUAUCAGUUAACUUUUUUCAGUUACGGUUAACGAAAAAGUUAAAAAUUAACUUCUUUUGUUUCAAAAAGUUAAAUAUUAAUUAACCCGUAUUUUUUGGUAUCUUUAAAUCAAAAUAAAGGUCUUCAGAUCAUCUCGGGAUGAAAUAAGCUAUUCUUUUGAAAAAUUUUAACAUUUGAUAGAUCAUACUUUUUAUAAGUAAAGUAUUCCACUUCUAAUAUUAUUUUACACAUAGAAAUGUCAAUAGUCAAUUUAAAAAUAAUCUUUGUGAAAAAGCAAAAGCAGACACGCGAACGCCCAACUCAAGGCCGGGGCGCGACAUUCAUUAUAACAGACAUGGCCGUUUUCACACUAGAGAAGGAUUAUUGUUGUGAGACGGGUUAUCUGUUUGAUGAUUCGCAUCGGAUAUCGGUAAUACGUCUUAAUUUGAAAAUCGAAUAGUUUUAAUUUUGAGUAAACAAUCCGCCUGACUUUUGAAGACGGGAUUAUCCGUUCCAUAUAGCCUCUGUACAGCCGCCUCCUCCCCCUAGAAAAAAUCAGAGAAGGGGUGUCUGUGGGGAGGGCGCGACUGUACACAGGCUAGUCUCAGACGGAUGAUCCGUUUCUAGCUCUAGUGUGAAAACGGCCAAUAACAAAAUUCCCGUGUCCAGUGUUUUUAAUGAUAGCGAGGGACUCUACGGAACGACUGUCUGCCGUUGCCUUGUCUGUAGGCCGCAUCAUUGCAUUUUUACGCGCGGCUAAUGCGUUUCGGGUCACGUAGUAUGAGCCAGUUCGCCACCGAAAUGCCUUGACCGAGAUUGCGUGGGAAGACGUCGUACAGGGACUAAGCAUGGCAAUGCCUACCGUAGCGUCAGAGAAAAACGGGGAAAUGUUGUUUAUCGGCAACGUGUUUUAUAAACAGUGACAUAUCUGCGUGUUGUUGUUGCGUGUUGUUGUUGGAGGUGUUUCGAGGGUACGAACUCCUGAAAAUUGCAAAUACUAAUUCCCAGCAAGAAGCCACAUCUUCGCUAUGGAAAAAAUUAGUUUCUCGAGAGAGCGCCGGAAAUGGAGCCUAGGUCUUGAUUAACACCUAAAAGGCGCUUCGCCUAACGUGCGUACGGAGUCACACUAGUCGCUAAUCUAGGGAACAAUUUCUUUUACGGUUAACUCUUUUUUACCCUAUUUACGGCUAACGGUUAAAAUUUUUCAAUUUUUACGCCCAUCGACUAAAUUUUUGGCCGUUUUACGCCUAUCGGUUAAUCCCAUUGAGACCCUCUGUCUAGUUUUCUGGUAAAAAGUAACUAUGGCACUGACACAUUAGAUGUCGACAAUUUUCCAUCCCUCAGUACGUAGAAAUAUUGAAACAAUGGCAAAUAACAAAAAGUCCUUGGAGUACUGAAACCCUACCCAUUGAAAUUUGUUAAUCGACGGUAAACCAUUAUUUUGCAAAAGCUGGUUUGACAAAAGCAUUUUACAUGCAGCGACCUUCUCAAUAAAAACGCAAACGCAUUCCUCUCUUUUAGAGGACUUUUGCUCAAAAUUCGAUCUUAAGACACCUUUCACUCUCUAUCUUGGUCCCAUUAACGCCAAACCAUCCUCCUGGAGGCUUAAAAAUUCACCUUCGCGAUGCUCUGUGAGUGAGGAGAAUGUAGAAAAUAUCUCCACAAAAGUUGCGCCGAGCAUUCUGUCGGGUGUUGAAGAGAACCUUUGUACCACCCACAGCUGAAAAUAAGAUCUUCAGUUUAGUUUUUCUCACGACAGCAUUUAUAAAGUGUACGAAUUACCUUUUCAAAUUAAAAAUGACAUCAAAAUAACAAGAAUGUGAAUGUGAAUAUGAGGUAGUACAAAAUAUGUCACAGUAUACUAGCUACUAAAGCAAGCCCUUUUAGAGCCAAAAUUUGUGACUAUAUUGUAUGCCCUCAAAGUCUAAACAAAACACACUCCUUAGAUUACAUGUCCGUGCGCUGCCCUUCCGUGGUUGCCUUUUCGAGGACAUUUCAAAUUUGGUGGGCCAAUAAAACUGGGCAAACCCUGGCAUUAUCAGACAGUAAGAUUCUGUACGGGGUUUUCAAUAAUACACAACACAAAUAUUCCAUAAAUUACAGACUUCUUUCUAAUUGCAAAAUUCUCGAUAUACUCCAGCUGCCUAAGCGAAGAAAAGAUCUCACUUGACAGGUUUCUCACUGUACUUCUUUGGGAAAAGUUGAGUACUCAGAAAGAAAUAGCUUUUGUCAACAAUAAUAGUACGACCGUUGAAAACACCUUUCAACAUCUCCUUUAGUACCCAUUUGCGACGUGUGUUGUUGCUGUAGUUUUUGUUUUAUUGUUUUAGUAUUAUGAUCACUAAAAUUUUCAGUAUUAUUUUUUUCUAAUUUAUUCUUUUCUUAAUAAAAGAUGCGGUGGAUAGCAAAUAAUGUAGAAUAAUAAUUUCUGUACAUUUGACAUUUACUUGUAUUGUUUUGUGUUAUUUCUUGUGAUAAUAAAUAAAUAACUAAAUAAAAACUAGAAGGGAAAGUAUAACUAGAGUUAUUAGAGGGUCUUAUUAGGGACCUUUAACACAGCCAACGGAGACGGCGACGAGAAAGACGAGAAAACGGUCCCCAAGAAUUCAACUCAGAAAGAUCAUAACUUCCAUUUAACAUUUACAAGCGGGUUGAAUUAAACGAAUGGCGAAAAAGUUUCAAAACCGCGAAGUCAACUUAAAUGUCACAUUCUUGCUUCCGUCGCCUUUGUCGUUGCGAAGCUCCCUUAGCUGAAAAAUAAAAAAACGGAAAUUUGUUUAUGAGUAAUUUUUUGUUGUCAACUUAACGAAAGAUAUUUUUUCAAGUUCAUAUCUCAAAGCAUCAAAAGUGAUUACUUUACAGCAACCGAUGUUGUCUUUUAUUCACUUACCAGGUGAAUGAAAGCCAUGUUCCUCUUGGUCUUGAGAAUGCAAAUUGCUCUUGGUUGGAAUCUAACGUAAGUUAUAUCGGUUGCAAAUGACAUUUGCGAUUUAUUGUUCUCUCACAUUACCGCUGCACACACAAAGCCGUGUCACGUCAUGCGAUUGUAGUGGGACAGUUCGUGAUAUUAUGGAUGAAGCAAACUGAAGCAAACUAACUGGUGUUCCUUGAACACCCUAGAUGAUACCUAAAUGUGUAAGUUUCAUACCCCCCCCUCCUCCCACCUUCCAACUAGACCACGAGCAUCCCCCACCGUUUCAUAAUUAAAAUAUCUGGGGUACGAACUCAAGCACCAAGGAUGAAAUCGACACUAAUCUACACACAUCCGAGAACUGAGGCGGGUGGCAAAAAUUCCAAAAAGGGGAAAAAACAUAUUUCGCCACGUAUACCACUAUAUCAGGAUGAAAAUGACUAAACAAAUUAGUUACUUGAUAAGAUGUAACAGCAGAAAAGUGAACGAAAUUUUACAUAUUGCAUCUCCAGUUAAUUGUUCUGCGUACUUUGAUGAUGAUUCUCUGUCUGCCGACUGUUGAUGGCUGCCACGUCACUAUCUAUUUCCCUCACUUCAGAACAUAAACUCUUACUUUGCGAUUGACUGAAAUAAUAAUGGCUUGGGUGAUGUUGCUUUGCGCAUGGGUAAGGUUCUCUUGUCAUCGCGGAGCUUUCGCGAAGUUGUUCAAUCUCAUGCAAAUCGGCGUUUAAGGCAAAUAAUCACGUUAAUCUCUAAAAUUCUAUGGAGGACCACACACGUUAUCUUUCUUUUUAGGAAAAUGGUACUUUGCAGAUCAAAAGUAAAGAAAUAAUGGACAAGCAAAAGCAUAGAAAAGCCUUAAUCAGAGGUUACUUAGACCUGGUACUGAGCACUAUCUCCAUCAUGGCUGUCAUAAUUUCACUGAUUGCUCUCUCGUUUUUAAGGUAAGACUUGCCAUUUUGCCUCUCAGCAAUUUCAAAAGAUCAUUCUCCUCAUGUAAGGGAAUCCAAGACAGUCUUGGCUUGGAUUCCGGUCAGUUCCAGGUACUCAAUUCCGGAUUCCUUUUAAGCGGAACUUAAAACUUAGUGAAAUUCAGGAUUCCAUGAGCUGUAUUUCGGUUCCAAAGCCCAGGAUUUCGGAUCUGAAUUCCACCAAAAAGUUUCCCAAAUUCCUUAAUGCGGAUUCCUUCAGCUGGGGUGACUCAUCACUGAGUAAUUAAUGAAUAAAGUCCAGAGACAAUGUCAUCUUAUUUCUUAAGACCCAAAGGAUGUAUAGACAAGGAGUCUUAGAUGUUGUACAUAUGUAUAUACAACAAGUCUUAAGAAGAGCUUUAGCUUUGAACAUGCACUUGCCAGUGAAUUUCUAUAUAAACCUGAAAUGCAUGGUUGCUAAGUUGAGCUGUGAUCAAAUAUCCGAACAAGACCUCGAAAAAGCAACGAUAUACUCAGUUAUGACAUUAUAAUUAUAAGUUUAAAACUGAAAUACAGCGCCGCUAGUUACUCUGUUGCAUCAACUGAGUAACUGAUUUGAUAUUGGUUUAAAAAUGGCGGAUGAUUUGAUUGUUUUAACAGAAUAAGAAACUCCGAAAGGAUAUUUGUGCACAAGAAUCUUUUACUUUCCCUGUGCUUGGUUUAUAUCGUGAUGAUCUUCGACACUUUUGUCUUCACAAACAGGAAGCAAAACCCGGUAAUUCUUUUAUUCUUUUUCGUGUUAUUACCGCUAUUAUUAUUUGAUAUAAUAGUCAUGAAACCGUCCAUAUGAUGUGAAGCAUAGAAAAAAAGUGAUUGAAAGCGCAUGUAUUUGCAUCUUGAUUUAACAGCUGUGGCUACGCGAGGCCAGAGGGCUAGCAUUGUUUUCCUCAAAUCAAUGUCUUUAAAAAUAUCGUGGCUUACAUCUUCAAGCUUAUUGCAUGUUACUUUUCUUAAAAGGCAAUUUUUUGCCUGUUUUCAUUCUUCAUGUCUUAAGGUACUAUUUGUUUUCUUGACUUGAACUACUUGCAAAAUAAGACAUCACGUCUUUACCAGUACAUUCGACGCACGUAUAAGAAAUGUAAAAUGUAAAAAUAAAAAUCUUCCAGACAUUUUAAAAUCCUUGAAUGUGGUAAAGACGCGUAAUGUCUUAUUUUGCAAGUAGUUCAGGUUAUUCGAACACAUUCCUAGUCUUGGCAUUUACAAUUUCUCCAAAAUUUUCUUGACUUACACCGCUAAAACACUGCUCAAUAACGUUCAGCAUUUGUUGCUCAAAAAAAAGAAAAGAAAAAACGGUGAGAGAUGUUGCAGCUUGUUGAAUGUUUAGAAAACAAACUCAACAUUGUUGAACGAUUGACUUCGUUAUUCGACAUUAGUUGCAAGGUAAUAAUUAGUCCAUCCGCUCAUAUAUAUUAUCGUUAUACUUGGUUGAAUUGCCACUUUACCAGCGCAGCAGGACGAGCUCCGUCGAUAGAGUACUUAACUGCAGAGCGGUAGGUCACAGGUUCGAUCUCUAUGGACCUAUACUCAUCAGUGAACUGAGAAAUGAAGGUACUGCCUAUGCUCUACUGCAAACGGCAAGACUUUCGCGUGGCUCAGAUGACUACGUAAAAUGGCGGUCCCGUCUCCAGUAGGAGACGUAAAAAUAGUGUCCUCAAUUAGUACUUUCCUGAUAAACUGACAUAAGACUCUCAAAAAAGUGCGUCUUUUAACAUUAUUGCACUGUUCACCAUUCUGACCAGGAGCUAGCGCAAGAAAUAACAACCAGCCUGCUAACCGCCUAGGCUAACGCACAAAACCUACCAUUACAAUUGCACGAUCGCUCUAUUUCCAACGACGCAGCAACUAACAGUCUAUAUUUUAGCUGAGUUUUGUACCUUGCGCUGUUAAGUUCAGGGGAGUUUACUGUUAACGAAUGCAUGUAUUUUCUUUCUUACAGAAAUUAUGUUCAUUUAUGGCGGUUUUUCAGCAUUUUUCGCAUACCACCAUAUUUACGUGGAUGCUGGUGGAAGGAAUUCAUCUUUACGUCAAACUGGUGAAAGUAUUCUCGGUCCGGAAGCUUUACAUCACAUACGUCAUCAUCGGCUGGGGUAAUCAUGUCAAAAUUUCUUACUUCUCAAAACACACCUGCAACCUAGUUUCCAGGCUUCCUCCUGCUCAAUAGCCAACGUUCGAUAGAUUAAAAUUCUAACAUGACACUUUUACGUACAAACUGUUAAUUUUUCUCGAUCCUAUUGCUAGUUUUCAGUGCCCCGCCGUUCAAAAGAAAUUAAAAUUAAAACUGUUUAAUAGUUUAAGGCCAGAAUCUGGGAAAUGAAAGGAGGCAAAUAUGCAAAGACCAUUGCCAAGAUUCGGUUUAGAGGAAUAUUUCGUAUACAAGAUAUAUCCGAAGAAAUGUUUCACCCAAAUUUAAAGGAAUUUGUAUGGAGACGCCAUGCUGGACGGGCACCAACAUGGCGGACGGAAACCAACAGAAACAUCUGUUACCGAGUUUUACUACAAAAGCGUGAAUUUUUCCCUUGAGGAACUCAUAAACGGUAAAGUGACGCUUUUUCUAAUAAAUUAACAGUUUAAAUAGCAAAAUUCCCCGAAAUAACUCACUUUUUUAACCUACAUGACAGCUCUCUCGGCCGUCACGUAAAAGCCGCGUCACGCAAAAGCUUAGAAAUUCAAGCGUACUCUAACACAAAACCAAGAACGCUUUUGAAGUGAAAAUUUGUAUGAACAUUAGUUUUCAGCUGUUGUAAUACGUCAUGAAAGUAAAUUCUCAGUAGGAUCGAUAGUUGUGUAGUUUGAACAUCAGUGACGUCAUGUGAAAACCAACAAUCGUUUCUCAGAAGAGACUUGAACACAAUGAAAACCAAACCAAAUACAGAAAUAAGACCAGAGCUGACCAGACCUCGAGUCAUAUUAAAAUUCUGAUAUGCCGAAAGAGGGAUAUUGAGGUGUGCGCGUUGACUGCGGUUAUCGAAAGGUUAUGGGCAACUUCGUGACAUCCGUCCCUAAGAAGAUCUUUCACUCGCUAGUUUCACUUCGUGACGAGAGAAGCAUCCUGGUGACGAGUUUGAUUGAAUGGACAGGCCAGUUUAUCUCGUGAUUAGUUCUUUUUUACUAGGCUCUUAAUAGAUAAAAGAUUUUCUCUUUUUUCCCAAAUACAAAACGCGAGUUCAGCUGCGAUUGCCCUCAUUAAUCCUGGCUAGUUAUUGAUAAAAUAAUUUUCGAACCCAAAUACAUGCAGCACGAAUACCUUAUACUCUCCCACUUCCUUCGCCUGUUCGACUACUGUCGCGGCUUCAUGUAAAGUUUAAAUUCCGUGAUUUUUAUAUCAUCCAACUUUUGCGAACGUAAGCACCUCCCUCCUUUCAUAAAUCUCUUACUGCAAAGUGUUAGUAUUGCCCCAGUCACCUGGGACUAUUCAAGAUGCAAAAAGCCAGCUUUUAAUCUGUAACUGUUUCCAGGUUUUCCUGUGGUUAUAGUUGGGCUGAUAGCAGCCAUUAGGCCUCUGACAUAUGAUAUGACUUACUACAAAGAAGUCAUGUGCGGAACACUGAAACUUCCCGCGGAAAUUAUACGCACCAGGUUAGUUGAUAUGACCCAUUUAUGUGCAGAAAAGAGUUCUUUUCUCGCGAUCGGCGGGUGAAACAAGAACCGAGCGGCUUCUGCUCUCGCAGGCUAGGUGGUGCAGCCCUCUCUCAACAUAACGCUUAAGAGAGUGGAUGAUUUCCGUAAAUCUUCUAUUAAGCCCCCUCUUCACCUCUCAAGUAAGCCCCUUCUCUCUAAUAAGCCCCCCUUUUCAUGGGAAGAACAUUUAAUAAGUCCCCUCCCUCUCCUCCCACUAUCAUUAUUCACUAAUGAUAGCUGUAUCAAUCUAUCACGACUGUAAAACUUCGCGAGGACUGAUCAAUAGAAGUUUCGAUUUGUUUUUGAUCCCCGGCUGCAUGAUCUCCAACUCUUUGUACUUGAGCCUUGCCUCUUUUUAUGCUAGUUCUUUAUGGAGAACUGCAGACACAGCUGUCUUUGCUAAAUUAAAUAAGCCCCCCGUCUCUAUUAACCCCCCCCCCAUUCAAAUGUGUUUGAACUAAAUACGCCCCCCGGGGGGGGGGGGGGUAAUAGAGGAUUAACGGUAUGUAUAUGACGGUGCAGCUGAAUUGGUGACUCUUGUCCCAGUACCUCUGUUCUUUAUACUAUAAUAAAUCUUCAGUAUGUUUAUGAAAGCACACGUCAUAUAUGAGGGAUAAAAAAAGUAGAAAUUUUUGUUGAUUUUCAUAAGGUGUUGGCUUCACGAUGGCGAGUGGCUGUACAAAGCACCAAUCCUGACAAUCCUAUUGGUAAGCCGCGUCUUUUCCUUUCAGCAAUACAUCUUGUGGUAUACCACUCUUCGUUUAGUUUUACCGAUAACUUAUGGUAGUACGCAUGCUUGUAUCGACUUGUAGGUACACUGUGCAAACUGUGACGCAGCCUGCAAUUCAGGCGUCUGUUUUCCUAUGGGCGGGAAACGUGAAGGGAGGGGAGGGGAGGGGACUAGCGAGCACUAGAAUUAGCUCAAGCAUGCGUGAAUCACAGGAGGAUGGUACGGAAUACAGUGGGGGCCCGAGACAGGUGAUAAAACUCCGUAUUUUUCCGAGUUCCUUGAGAGCAGUGGUUUUUUUCCAGGCCACUGCUCGCAGAGUACCUCCCGUCCCUCACUUCAACUUUCCCUGUCCCUGUUCCCUGCACCGUGCCCUAGCUUAAUCUCUCGAGUUAGCUUUUACUGCGGUCAUUAAAUACUAAUUCAUAAUUUUGUCUUUUUCAAUCCAUGUACUACUCAAAAAAGGCGGAUCGCUCAAGUAUACUUUAGCUAGUGUAUAGUGUCUUCUAUAGUAGACCGGAGUUACUUAAUAGAAUAACUCACUUAUGACCGAAGGCUACCAACUGUAUCAUCUAGAUCAGGCAUACCAUAAACAGAAAAAAAAAAGAAAGCAUGAAUGCUACUCCCUAACAAUAUUGUAUCAUUACAGAUCAAUCUCAUUAUCUUCGUGGUUCUGUUAAGAGUGAUAUUUACUAAGAUAUCAGUCAAGUAUCAUAGUAACCAUGUCCAGAAAGCCAAGUAAGUAAAGUAUUUCAGUUUCAUUUUAGCCUUGGAGAUUUCCUUUCGAUUCUCUAUUCGCCUUGAAGAUCAGUUUCCUGUUCAAUUUUAAAUCUUUUCGAUCUACUCAAUGAUAGGCAGAUUUUUUUAAGAGAGAUCCCCCCUGUAAACCUACCGGUUCAUAGCGUGCUUUGCUGAUCUGUUUUUAAGGUUUGUUUCAUAAUACAGCUUUUGAUUUUGAAAACUGACUCGCCAAGAACCGGCUUAGAAGAAUGGCCCGACUUUCCUCGAUGAUUGCCUUUCUUAACAGUACAUAGCCUGCUUGGAAUUCAAAAUCAUUUAUAGAGAGUUUCCCUUUGCCGGAAUAGCUAUUUUAAACAAAAUUUUGACCUUUAUUUUUCCUUAACACUGCUAAAGAGAUGUCGUUGGUUUGUACUUUCAAGGAGAAUUGGUGUGACUUCUCCCUUAAAUCAUGCAUGGCUAUCUUUAGUAAAAACCCACAUAUAAGAACCUGGUGAUUUAAGAACCCACAGGCUGAAAAUUGGCAGUUAAAUACCCAAACAUAUAAGACCCUGCUCAGCCUGGCAAAGAAAAAUAGGUUCUUAUACAAAAGAAUCAGUCCAAUUUUGAUGGUCAAAAUUCUCUAUUUUAAUUGUAUGAGAACAACACGUGAAAACACGUUAUUGUAUUGAAAUGUAUUGAUGUUCUUCAUGGAACUUGAUUGUUUGCCAUCAUGUAUUAGUAAUACAAUAUUUCUGCCAAUGGUUACACUAUGACAGCCUCUGAAAAAUAAUAACCUUUAAAGAACAUAGUCACGCUGAAUUGUGAAAAACUACCCUAAAAUAUAAGAACCUGUUCAGCCUGACCUCGAAAAUUCUAGGUUCUUAUAUGUGGGUUUUUACUGUAUGAGGACCGGGGAAUUUUACGACUACAAAGACGAGCAGCGAGGAUCAUCUACUUCAAAGCUGCCUCAAAACUAUCAACUGAUCAAAUUAUGACUAAACUGGGCUUGGAACCUCUCUAUUAUAGAAGACGGACACACAUUUUAAGAUUUGUUGAUGAGUGCAUUGCAAAUAGAGUUCCCAGAUACCUUUCUAAUUAUUUCAAUGUAAGAAACCGUGACAUUCACCGCCACAAAACUAGAAAUAAUAAUGACCUUAUUUUGGAAAGAAUUAAUUUAGAAUGCACCAAGCGCGCUUUUUUCUACAAAGGUGCGAAAAUUUUUAAUAAUUUUUAAUAAUUCUUAGAAUUUAUAACUGUUCGAUCUCUCGUUUGGUGUGACUAUUUUGUAAUAUUGUGAUUUGAUUUUUAUCUAUAUUUUAAAUCUUUUUUAUUUUUAUUUUUUCAUUUUUAAUUUUUUACAGGACCUGCAUUGAUAGCAGUUUUUUUUUAAAACUGAAGCAGCAAUCCUGCAUAAAUAUGUUUAAAUUAUUAUUAUUAAAACGGGGAAUCUUUGAAAUGGGAAAUCUUCAAAAGCAGGAAUCUAUAAAAUGAGGAGUUUUUUUGCGAAGGGGAAUUCGUUCUUUGUUCCUCAUUCCCCGUCUCGCUGAUUCCCCGUUCCUCGUUUUAAAGAGAGCCCAUAAUUCAUCGCGUUUUUUCUUCACAGAAGAGGAAUGAAGAGUGUUGCUGCCCUCCUUCCCUUACUAGGAGUCACGUGGCUGCUAGGGUUUGUCGCUGAAUUAAGCGAGAUCAUCCAGUAUCUGUUUAUCAUCUUAAACUCUUUACAGGUAAAAGGCUGGUAAUAAACAAAAAUGAGUAUUUAAAGGCAGAUACAAACACAACAUGACGUAGCGUAAACUGACAAAUAAAAGGCAAAUAACUAAACUAGCCGUAUCCUCAUUACCCUAAUCCAGCGGGGCCGCAAGCUUCCUAGUCCAGCCGCUGCGAUCUUACGCAUGCACGCAAAACUGUCUCGAAUAAUCUCCUUCAAUCAAACAAUCGCCUUAUUUUGGUGCGAAAAAUAAGAUAAUCGCCCCCCGGCUAUUAUUCGAGGAAACACGGUACCAGCUGAAAUAUCAACACCUUCAAUCGCACCUCGAAUCACACGAUCACUUUUAAACGAGUUCUUUAAAGCUCCUUAGUGUUUCGUGGGUAAUUAAAUUACAUUUACAAUACGCGGCGAGUGAUAUGUAACAGCAGGUACAGGCCAGGGCGCUUUAAGGGAAGGAUUCUUAUCUAUAAAAAAUCUUAGUACAAACAAAUACGAUAAAAGCGUCAGAACUGCGAGAGUGCGAGGGUAUGCCCUAAACAAAAUUUGGUAAACUUUUCUCGCAUAUCUUACUGUCGUGUUGUGUACUAACUGUGACUAAAUAACAACCAUCAGUUUCUCUCUCAUUUUCUCUUCAGGGCCUUUUAUUUUGCAUCUUUCAUGGUUUGCUGGAUGACCAGGUAUUUCAGAAACAUUCAAGCUGCCGAAAUCUUAAAUUGUCAAAUUUUCAGUUUUAACUAUGGACCUUUUUUGAUCCGCAGAAAAUUACUUAGAAAUGACGGAGUUUGGGUUAUUUGAAUAAUUUAGAAACGCCAGAAUUCGUUUUGUAUUCAGAUUCCUCAGUUCUAAGUUUAACCUCUGGUCAUUCUCGAGCACGCUUUACGAUGGGAUGCACAGACAGUGAAGCAAAUUAAAGGCAAAAGGACAAGAAAUGGCGUAAAAUGCGAUAGCUUUGGAACUUGGUCAGAUAUAUAUACUUUAGAUAACGUUCUCAAUCUUUUUUUAGAUAAAGGAUAGUUUGGUCAAAUCAUUAAGGAGGACAAGAAUGAAGAUUUUGUUUCUAAGGGACAGAACCUUGACGACUGCAUCGACAGCCAGCAACCUCACAAUAAUAGCUACAGGUAACCAG